CAAAACGUGUCCCUGCGAUGCGAGCCUUGGAGAGUGAAAACACAGGACACAGAAGACAACACACAACUGGGAUUACUGAAGGCGUCUUUAAGCGGACGGACCUGUGUGAAUAUGGGGCGGGCUGGUACUCGGCGACGUUACCAUGACGAUGGCAUCUCAGAUGAAGAGAUUGAUGGAAGGAGGACGUUCGACCUGGAGGAGAAAGUUCACAGUAACAGGUUUAGCUCUGACCGGAUUGUUCAUAUGCAGGGAAAAGACUUCACAUAUGAGUUCAUCCAGAAAAGCGGGCUAAGGGACCCAAUCCUUUUUGACAAGCCUGAAGGACUGGGAAUCAAGAUGCCUGAUUCUGAUUUCAGUAUCAAUGACGUCAAGAUGUUUGUUGGCAGCAGACGCAUGAUAGAUGUGAUGGAUGUGAGCACUCAGAAGGGGACAGAGAUGUCCAUGGCCCAGUGGACACGUUACUAUGAGACUCCUCCGUCUCAGAGAGACAAACUCUAUAAUGUCAUCAGCCUGGAGUUCAGCCACACUAAGUUAGAGAACCUGGUUAAGAGACCUUCCACUGUGGAUUUAAUAGAUUGGGUCGACAACAUGUGGCCUCGUCACCUGAAAGAGAGACAGAGAGACUCAACCAACUCUAUCACAGACAUGCAGUAUCCCAAAGUACAGAAAUACUGUCUGAUGAGUGUGGAGGGCUGCUACACAGACUUUCACAUUGACUUUGGAGGGACCUCUGUGUGGUACCACAUACUCAGAGGAAGCAAGGUGUUCUGGCUGAUCCCCCCCACCCCUCAGAACCUGGAGCUCUAUGAGAACUGGGUGCUGUCAGGAAAACAGGGAGACAUUUUCCUGGGAGACCGAGCAUCUGACUGCCAGAGGAUUGAACUGAAGCAAGGCUGCACCUUCAUCAUACCCUCAGGGUGGAUUCAUGCAGUCUACACACCUGUGGAUUCUAUGGUGUUCGGUGGAAACUUCCUUCACAGCUUCAACAUUCCUAUGCAGCUUAACAUCUGUAAUAUAGAGGACCGCACACGGGUUCCAGUGAAGUUUCGUUACCCUUUCUACUAUGAGAUGUGCUGGUAUGUGUUGGAGCGCUACGUCUUCAGCAUCACCAAGACUUCCUACCUCACACCAGAGUUUCAGAAACACUCACUGGGCAUUGGUCUGAAGAAGCCCUCCAGCUCAGAUCCAGUCAGUGAGCAGGUGAAGGAGGAGGAGGAUGAUGUCAGUGAUGCUUCAGAGCCUGAUAAGCCAGGAGUUAAAGUAAAUUUGACGCCAUUGGAGCUGGAGGGCCUGUGGAACCUGCUGGGUAAACUUGAGGCUCUGCCCUCCAACAAGAAGUGCGUCCCAGCAGGGAUACACAACGCCCCCGCUCUCAUCACACACAUCAAGGCACUUCUGAAGGAACACGCCAACGACAAUCCCAAACUGUCCUACACAGGAAAACCCAUCAUCAGAUGGCCAAAGAGGCCGUCAUGGUAUCAGCCUCCUCCCCCUCCACCUCCCCCCCGUCCUAAAUUGGCCUCCACUCCUGUCAUACCACGACCACAGAAGCCAGCCUCCUCCAUGUCUGUGCUGAGGCGGCGCAGAGUCAGGUGUAAGCGCUGUGAGGCCUGUAUGAGAGCAGAGUGUGGAGAUUGUAACUUCUGCAGAGACAUGAAGAAGUUUGGAGGACCUGGAAAGCUCAAGCAGACCUGCGUGCUGCGACAAUGUCUCUCUCCGGGCCUUCCUCUGUCUGCAGUGUGUGAGAUCUGCAAGGAGCCCAAUCAGGAGGAAACUGGAGACCCCUCCCUCACUCUGAUGGAAUGUUCCAACUGUGCACAAAUCGUCCAUCCUGCAUGCCUCACGGUUCAGGGUGAAGGAGUGGUUAAUAAAGACCUGCCCAGCUGUUGGGAGUGUCCAAAGUGUGUCCAAGGCAUUACUGACCCAGAGUCAUCAGGCAGCGAUGAAUCGUUGGCUGCAGGCCACCAGCAGCACAUCCGUCCCCACGGCCCCCUGGUCCUCAGGCUGGGCCCUGGGCCCUCUGCUACAAUAGGGGGUCCUGUGGGCUCCCAGCAGGAUGGGGAGGUGGUCCGCUGUGGUUUCUUCCCUCCUCCUCUUCCUUCCUGCUCUUCCACCUCCUCAGCGUCACUUCUAUUGGUGGCGGCCCCUCUGCCUUCUCAGCCAAUCAGCUCGAGACUGGCUAGAGCAGAUAAAGGUGAAGGCCUUCCAGGGAAGCGUAAAUCUUCCUCCCUGCUGGAUGCUCGCAUGGCUAAGAUUUACAGACGACAGAGACACAGCCGUGACGGAGAUGACUCUGCCAGCGAUGAUGAUGAUGAAGCCUCUCAGAGAAGGAAGAUGUCACUACAAGCUCGAGGAGGGGGCCACUCUUCCAGGAGGGGGUUUGGGGCCAAUAGGAGAGGCCUGCUGAGAGGAGGGCCAGCCAACAGAGGAAGCAGAGGAGGCCUGAUGACUCCUGGCUCCUCUGUCCUCAAACUGAAGCGAGGGAUGGGCAUGAGGGACAGCGUGAGGAGGGGGAGAGGGGUGAGGCUGAGGGGGGGUUCUAGGGUGCAGCGCAGGGGAGAUUCUUCCGAGGAGUCGGACGAUGACGAUGACGAGGAAGAGGACGACGACGACGACAGCGAAGACGUCGACAAAGAGGAGCGUCAUCGUCAGCGCAGGAGGAGGAGAAGGACCGACGACGACGAUGACGACGACGACGAUGAUGAGGAUGAAGAUGAGGACAGUGAGGGGCAGGAGUUUGACCCAGAGGACGAAGAGAUGGACACAUUGGAAGAUGAAGAGGAAGAGGAGGAGGAGGAUGAAGGACGCUGGGAUUCAGACCCAGAACCUCCAGUGCUCCUAGUGUCUGACCUGAAUGAUGACCUGCUCACUGGCUCCUACCUGACUGUGACUCUACAGCGCCCCCACAAGGCCAAGAGACAAUCUGGCUCCAUAGUUCCAAAGCUGGAGGCAGCUAUGGGUCCACGGACUGCAGCAGUGGGUGCAGGGGGUCAGCAGGGCUUCAUCCAGAGGAAGACCGCUCUGUCCAAACCUUCACGCCUCAAGAGUGGUGACACCACAGCUGACAGCCAAACCCCACGAGGACCCGGAAGGCCACGUCUCCGGGGUAACCACGGUGACCGAGGCAUGAGGGAUCGGUCUGCGUCUUCCACAGAGGAAGAGGAUGCUGCUGCUCAUGCUGCAUCCUCCACCCUGUCUCCUCCAUCCCUGUUGUCCCUGCCAUCCUUUAAAGACGUGGGUAAUGAGAGAGGAGGGGAGAAGGAGGUUUGGGUUUCUGUGUUCAGAUACCUAAACAGAGCUGAGCUGCUGGCCUGCAUGACUGUUUGCAAGGCCUGGUACAAGUGGAGCUGUGACAAGCGUCUGUGGAGCCACAUGGACGUGAGCCGGUGCAGUCCACUCAGUAACCAAGCCCUGGCAGGCAUCAUCAAACGUCAGCCUGUCUCUCUGGACCUGUCCUGGACCCCCCUGGCCAAGAGACAGCUUAACUGUCUGCUCACCAGGCUCCCAGGUCUCAGGGAGUUGAGGUUGACUGGACUGUCCUGGUCCUGUCUGUCAGCAAUGGUUUCUCCCACUUUGCCCUACCUGCGACUGCUGGAUCUGCGCUGGUGUGAAGGUGUCAAAGACGCCCAAAUUAAAGAGCUCAUCACCCCAACUGGCUCCGAGUCGUCUCGCAGCAGACUGAGGAACAUGGUGACCAUGCGUCUGUCUGGUCUGGAUGUCAGUGAGUCAACUCUGAGGCUGUUACAGCGCCACAUGCCCCAGCUGGAGAGACUAGACCUGGCUCACUGCAAGGACAUAACUGACUCAUCCAUCGCCCUACUGGCAGCAGCUGGGACACACACUCGCAACAACCUCACUGAGCUCACACUGGCAGGUUGUAGUCAGCUGACAGACAGCUGUCUGCCCUAUGUGAAGCGUCUCUCCUCUCUGACUUUGUUGGACCUCAGAGGCUGUAAGAGCAUCAGCAGACGAGCCUGCGACGCCUUCAUCUCUGACCUGUCCCACAUCGCCCUCUACUGUAUGAUGGAGGAGAAGCUCAUCCAGCGCCUGGACUAACACAUUGUUACAUGGAGGACAAUAAAUGCUUUGCCAAAGCUCUCGAUCAUAUGAUCAAACUUGUGCGCAAGAGGAAGAGAAGGAAACCUGCUGUCAGCUGACUGAAGAAUUAAACCUAACCUGACUGUAGAUGACUUUAGGCAGCUAAUUUGGGAAAAUCAUUUUAUGUACAGUCUUCCCCUGAGUUUACUUUUAGUUUAAUCUCAGAAGCUAGAUUAGAAGACUGGAAGUGGUGUUCAUGUAAUGCUAGUCUAAACAUUGGAACAAGCAUUUUCACAAGAUAUCAUUUUCUGAAGAAAAGCCAGCCAUCUGCACCACAGUGCACGUUAAUGUUUUCCAGCACAGUUCAGGCAGUACUUGUGCCCUUUGGUGAAGACAGGAAUAGACUUUGUUCACUGACCCCAAAGAUUUCUGUGAUCAGUGGGAGGUUUACAUUCACACCAUAUCUUCUGUUCUUGUUAGAAUGCUUUCUUUAUACUGACUGAAGCAGGAUGGCAUACUGCUUGUUACAAUGUCUUCAUUAUUUUUAGGAGCUGAAGCACAGAAGCAAAGUCCACUUCCCUUUUUUUGUUUUUACUAAUUUCAACAAACUGGACAGUUGUGUAUUAUAGUGUCUUUGUGUGUGUUCAGGUAAUUUCAUGUGUGUAUAUAUUUGUUUAUUUGCUCUUUUAUGUGCAGGUUAAGGUUCACAUGAAUAUUUAAGUGUGAAAGCAAU